AACAGUGAAGCUUGUAUUGUUUGUAUCUAGUUGUGGUUUUCGGCGCGGCUGUCGAAGAAAGCAAGACCAAAAUGCUUCAAGAAGGCAAUGGACGGGUCAAAGUCUACGCCAGAAUUCGGCCGACGUCACGAUUCGCGCAGAAUAUGAUCGAACUCUUGCCCGAUGGAAAAUCGAUCAAUAUUCACUGCAAGAAAGAUUUGAGACGUGGUUACAUCAACAAUCAAAUACUUGACUGGAGUUUUAAUUUAGAUCGCGUUUUACACAACGCCAGUCAAAGCGAUGUUUAUGAAGAAUGUGCAAAGAGAAUCGUUACCGAGGGCUUAGAUGGUUACAACGGAACGAUUUUGGCCUAUGGGCAGACGGGAGCCGGAAAGACUUUCACAAUGACUGGUUCGACUGAAAAAUUCCAACACCGCGGAGUUAUCCCACGAGCAAUUCAACAAGUUUACAGAGAGAUACGAGAAAGGUCUGAACAUGCUGUGACUAUACGGAUCUCAUAUUUAGAAAUAUAUAACGAGCACAUGUUUGAUUUGCUGAGCACCCUAUCGGGGGCCCCCUUAUUAGAUCCUUCUCAGAUGACCGUCACUGAGGAUGAUGAUGGAUAUACAAGAGUGAAGGGGCUCAGUAUUCAUCAGGCUAAUAGUGAAGAAGAAGCCUUAAAUCUACUCUUUGAGGGUGAAACUAAUCGUAUUAUCGCUCAACACGCAUUGAACAAACGUUCAUCCCGCUCGCAUUGCGUGUUUACCAUCUACAUUGAGUCACACUCGCGCGUCGAGUCCAACACGAAGUACGUCACCUCCAAGCUGAACUUUGUGGACUUAGCCGGAUCUGAGCGAUUGGGAAAGACACUGUCUGUAGGUGAUACGCAAGUGGAGGCCAUGUACAUCAACAAGUCCUUGACGUUCCUAGAGCAAGCUGUGAUAGCCUUGGCAGACAGGCGGAGAGAUCAUGUUCCCUUCAGGCAAAGCAAACUCACUCACGUGUUGAAGGAUUCCAUUGGUGGAAAAUGUAACACUUUGCUGAUUGCCAAUAUAUGGGGAGAGGCCGCCCACAUUGAAGAAACGCUCUCCACAUUACGUUUUGGCAGUCGAAUGAUGAACGUUCCGUCAGAACCCGCUGCUACGGAGCACUUCGACAUGAUAAGACUCUGCAAACAACACGAGAAAGAAAUCCUAACUUUACGACAAGAACUCGCCAUGCACGACACGCUGACAAACCGCAGUCAGAUCUCCUACGAGCCCCUCUCAGAGUCUCAAAUCCAGGAUGUCCGCGAGCAGGUGAAACGAUUCUUGGCGGGUGAACUGAACGACAUCGAACUCGUCAAUGUUCGGCAAAUUAAAGAGACAUUUGCGCAGUUCCGAUUGAUCGUGAACACGAUGGAGGCGGACGUUGAGGAAAAGCUGCGAGGAAAGUAUGUUUUACAGGAGAGAGGUGGAGCAACUCUCGCCAGGGCAGGUAAGCAAGGCACUGUCCAAGGCGAUGAGAGCGGAUUGGUUGGAGAAGUGGAUGGCCAAGGAUUUGGUGUAGGUGUUGCUCCUCCUGGCGUAAAACCCAACGUUGCCUCCUUGGUAAGCACCAGAAAGGUAAAGAGUCGGGGAAAAGCUAAAGAGAGAGACAGCGCAAAGUCUCCCGCACAGGGAAGUGGAGGGCAAAUUGAUGGUCAAGCCGGAAGCGAUGGGCAAGAUCAGGGGCAAUCACCUUCAGUUCAGACUCCUACACAGCGCCUGGCCACCCCUCUACCCAAAAGCGAAGCCUUUGAGGAAUUCAAACAGGAGAGAGGCAGUGAAAUUAACAGGAUCCUCAAUCAAAAUAAAGAAAUUUUGCGUGAAAAAAAGAGAAAGGCCAAGGAACUGUCCUCGUCAGUCAACAGUCUUAUGGAAGAAAUCAACGAAGCCAAAGAAAUUCUGGAAACUCGUAAACAAAACCGACUGGAACAAGGGGAAUUUCGUACAGACGAUGGUCAAGUCAUUAUUGAUGAGGAUGAGUAUGAACUUGUUUGCAAAGCAAACGAUCUAAAGUUACGUUAUCGGCGUGACUACGAAGACCUGCUCAACACCAAAUCCGAAGUUAAGUACUGCGAGAACCUGGUCAAUCAAUGUAGGCAUCGUCUCGUAACCGAGUUUGACAAUUGGUAUUCCGAAUCGUUCCUCGGAGCCGGUGAUGAACCGAAGGGUGGCCGAGAAGGGCAAGUUCCCGAAGAUGAACAAGAGAAGUUUGAUCGGCUUCAGCUAGAGUUGUUGAUGGAACAUCCCGACUCUGUACCUUACUACAAUGCUAAGAUGCAAACUGAACGGCGCAUGCACUUAACGGCCAAUGGAAGACAGCAAAAGAAGAGAAAGCCUGGAGCUCUGAUAGCUACAGUGCGAAACAAGCCACCAACCACACUGACUGUCACGUGAUGAAAUAAGAAUACUUAAAAAAAGAACCCAACUACAUUCUCGAAUAAUUUUAAUAGUGUUUAAUUUUCCUAAAUAAUUAGUCUCUUUCUGAGCAUUACUACAGAUAUAGUUUUAUGAACGGAUACAGGCGCAUGCGCUGUUCCGUAUGGUUUUUCUCUGCAUAUGCCUGUAUGAUCCGUGUCUAUACUAUCAAGAAAUGAUCAAAAUCAUGUCAUACCAAUUGUUUUCAACUUUAUACAAUAUUCACGUGACUGUCGAUAUGAAGUUUUUGUUCAUAUUAUUAUUACCGUUAUUACUGUUUUAACAUUAUUAUUUUAUUAUUUUCAUCGCUAUUUCUAGGAUUCAUCCAUGGGAUAAUAAUAUUCUAUACACAGUUCGCGCUGGUAUCCAGUAACCUAACCAAACUGACAUUAUAGAAAGAAUACUCUUUCUUUUCCUUUCACUGUUUUAUUUAGUUAAACAAAGGACAAGGUGUGGUCAGUUAUUUGUUUUCAUUUGAAUGGAAGCUCUGUAUUAUCAGUAUAAUCUAUUGUCUUGUAAGUUCUGCGCAUAGUGCUUGUUCAUACUGUAAUCUAAUUCGGUCUGUAAAUAAAAAAAAACGAGAGAUAAAGGCUAAGCUUUUUUUUA